AUGGAGUCGCUUUCCAAUCAGGUUUCCCAAUUCACCUCUCUACCGGUCAUCACUUUGGUGUAUCUUGCAAUCACGGUGACGCUGUCGGCCAUCACGUCCUACGUGCGUACUCAAUCGUACAAGCACUUGAUUGCCGGCAACCCGGAGUUGGUGUUCGAAGACAUAAUCAUCCCGUCGCUUCAGUUGGUGCCUGCCCACUUUGUUUUCCACCCAUGGACAAUCUGGACCUCUGCCUUUGUGGAGACCUCUCCUUUCCAAUUCAUCUCCGGCUUGAUCAUUGUUUACGUCGGAAUGACCUUUUUGGAGUCCCAAUGGAACCCAAAGUCCUCGCAGCAGCCUCUCUCGGAGGCAUUGAAAUUUACCUCCAUCAUCAUCAUAAUAUCCAAUCUAGUCUGCAUAGUGCUGAUCACGUUGUCCAACCUUCUGUACGGAUCACUCAGUAACUUGAAUCUACCACUACACUAUGGUCUCUACAUAUUGGUUCUCCCCUUUGCUACAGUCGCCAAGCAAUUGACGCCAGAGACUAACAUCAGGGUCCUGUCUUUGUUCAAGUUCCGUUUGAAACGUCUGCCCUUCAUCUUGCUCACUCUCACACUGGUCAUAUCGGUGAUCAAGGGCAAUGCUGCACCAUUUCUACCGGCAUUUGUGUCGUUCUUCACAUCGUGGUGCUACUUACGUUACUUCCAGUUUUCCCCAGCUAUCAACGCGUUUGAAGUAUUACCAUCUCCAGUCUCGCAAGCUGGUUCAGUCAACACACCCUCUCGUGGUGACCCAUCGGACACUUUUGCGUUGGUGGAAUUUUUCCCUGACCUUGCUAAACCGUAUGUGAAGCCUCUUUUUGACGGAAUCUAUCAGUUAUCUGUGUUGCUAGGCUUGGUGCGUCCUUGGAACGACGAAGAAGUGGACAUCGGGAACAUCAGAAGUACUUUUAGAGUAUCGGGUACACAAGGCAUCACCACGUCGAAGCCUACUUCUGGCGACCCGAUUUCGUCAGAUAUUGACGAAAGAAGGAGACAGGUAGCUUUAAAGGUCUUGGAACAAAGCGUGGAUCCUAAGGAGUGA